AUGGCAACUUCAGAAUCUAAUGAGACUGUUACAACAGACAGCAAGAGCAAAAACAAUGUUAAUAAUAAAGAGACUGUAAAACCAGCAACUCCUCAAAAUGCAUCAACUAUUCCUGAAAGUGCUCCAACUUCACCGUCUUAUCCUCCUUUCAAUACUGCUUAUAUAGACCCAGUUCAAUUUGCAGCAGCCGCGGCAGCAGCAGCUAAUGGAUAUGAUGUUUCUGAUUCUGUUAAUUAUGCUGCAACAUAUGUUUACCCACUUAGUCCACAGUUCUCGGUUCAAUAUUAUCCUGAUUACUCGAAUGGAUAUCAAAGCUAUCCUGGUUCACCUUCGUUACAUCCUCAAUCACCUACUAUCAAUCCAACUAGUCCACCUUUUAGUCCUACAACCGGAUACCAUCAAUAUCCACACAAUAUAGCUGCUCUAUCACCUCCUACGCAUGCAUAUGUUCUUCCUUCCCAUCAUCACACAACUCAACCUUAUCCUCCACUUCAUAUUUCAUCACCUGUAUUAACUAGCACAAAUUCUAUACCAGGUUCUCCUCCUCAUCAGUAUCUUCCUGGACCUUAUAUCAUUCAAACUACUACAACAGCUCCUACAGAUAAUCGAAACAAUUAUUAUCAUAAGCGAAACUAUCAACAUUAUAUACAUCCAGAACAACAGUCGGUCGAUUCUGAUUUAAAUUCCUUUCAUACCCAUAACAUUUAUGUACGUGGAUUAUCUGCAUCAACUACAGAUGAAUCAUUUUUGGAAAUGUGCCAAGUAUAUGGUAAAAUUGCUUCAUCAAAAGCAAUUAUCGAUCAAAAGACAGGUGAAUGCAAAGGUUACGGUUUUGCAAUGUUUGAAAAUGAACAUGAAUGUGAAGAAGCUAUUGAAGGUUUAAAUAAAGCAGGACUCCAAGCUUCUUUUGCGAGAGUUGGCCAGGAGUCAUUCAGUUCUAAGCUUAAAAAUCUUCAAGAUGAGAGUUCAACCAAUAUUUAUAUUUCUAAUUUACCUUUGGAUAUGACAGAGCAAAAACUUGAAGAGUUAUUUGAACCUUAUCAAACUGUCUCGAAUCGUAUCUUAAGGGAUCCUCAAACUGGUUUGAGUAGAGGUGUUGGAUUUGCUAGACUCACAGAUCGUGAAGCUGCUUCUGCUGUCAUAGAAAAAUUCAAUGGACAAACAAUUGAAGGGUCUUCUGCACCAUUACAAGUACGUUUUGCCGAUUCACCUGCACAAAAAAAGUUAAAGAAUCAAACAGCACGUAGAAGAAUGGUUAGGCCUCAUGAAUAUCAAUCCAUGGCAGCCACUUUUGCAAUUAGACCUAUAAUGCCUAUUACACCAGAAACUAUGCUAGGUAUUGCUCCUGCUAAUUCAAUGCAUCAUCCAUAUUAUCAAUCACAGUAA